AUGGAGGCUGAAAGUGGUUCAACAAAAAAUGAGACAAAAUCAAUUAUUGAGGCAGCAGGUUUUGCUUUCAAUCAAGCAAAAAACCAAGAUCAUUUGUUAUCAAAAAGUCGUUCUGAAGUGGUUUAUAAAAAAGAUCAAAUUUCUUUUCCAAAGCCAAGAGUUAGAGCAAAUUCUAUCCUCGAAUUUAAUUCGGAAUUUUCUCCACAGUAUCAGCCACAACAAUAUCAUCAAAAGUUUCGAAGUUACUAUAAUAAUAAUUCACAAUAUAACCAAAUCAAUUCUGGAUUUGCUACCAAAUCAUCAAAUGCUUCUCGUAGAGCUUGGUCUGAUAUUACAUAUAUCCCACAUGAUACUCGUACUGAAUUAACAAAUUAUAGUGACCCAGGUCCUCAAGUAUACAAUCCACAAACAUUUAACUUUCCUCGUCAUGUACCAACUGCCACAAUCUAUGAAAAUAACCACAAUUAUUAUCCCAAUCAACCUUCUUUAUAUGGCGAAGCCAGAUCACCUAAGCCUAGAAUUGCAGCUAGUGCUAUGGUGGAUAUUGGUGAUAAUGUAGCACAACCAAUAACAACUACAACUGUUAAACCAAGAAAAGCUGAGCUCGAUGAAUUAAUGAAGUUAUCAUCUGAUCCAAAAGUUCAAAGAAAAUUUCUUGAUCUUCGAAUUUCUAAUAAAUCACUCCUAACACUCAAUGUUACACUUGAAUCUACUGUCAAAGAACAAUCUGAUAAACUUGCAACAAUUCCAUCAUUUGAAGCUAUGAUGGAAACACAACAAAAACAAUUAGAACAUCUUAAUAAAGUUGAAGAGUUGAUUAAUACAUUAUCAAAUAAAAUGACUGAACAAGAUGAUGAAAUAAAGACACAAAGAGCUCUAUUCUAUGAUCCGAAAUCUCUUCCAUUAAAAUCUCUUCCAAAUAUUAUUUUUGACAGAGUAUAUGAUGACGUCACAAUCCUCUUUUCAGUGGUGACUUCUUUACUAUAUACUGUUUAUAUUUUUCCUGUUAUUGUUAUGGCAAAAACUGCUCAACAACUAGUUGAUAAAUCCAGAGACAAGAAUAUCUUAAAUUCUGUAUGA